GGAUGUAUGGCUGCGACCUGGGACCCGACGGGCGCCUCCUCCGCGGGUAUCACCAGUUCGCCUACGACGGCAAGGAUUACAUCGCCCUGAACGGGGACCUGCGCUCCUGGACCGCGGCAGACACUGCGGCUCAGAUAACCCAGCGCAAGUGGGAGGCGGCCCGCGAGGCAGAGCAGUGGAGAGCCCACCUGGAGGGGACGUGCGUGGAGUGGCUCCGCAGACACCUGGAGAACGGGAAGGAGAUGCUGCAGCGCGCGGAUCCCCCAAAGACACACGUGACCCACCACCCCGUCUCUGACCAUGAGGCCACCCUGAGGUGCUGGGCCCUGGGCUUCUACCCUGCGGAGAUCACAUUGACCUGGCAGCGGGAUGGGGAGGAGCAAACUCAGGACACCGAGCUUGUGGAGACCAGGCCAGUAGGAGAUGGAACCUUCCAGAAGUGGGCAGCUGUGGUGGUGCCUUCUGGAGAAGAGCAGAGAUACACGUGCCAUGUGCAGCAUAAGGGGCUGCCGGAGCCCCUCACCCUGAGCUGGGAGCCAUCUUCCCAGUCCACCAUCCCCAUCGUGGGCAUUGUUGCUGGCCUGGCUGUCCUAGCAGUUGUGGUCACUGGAGCUGUGGUCGCUGCUGUGAUGUGGAGGAGGAAGAGCUCAGGUGGAAAAGGAGGGAGCUACUCUCAGGCUGCGUCCAGCGACAGUGCCCAGGGCUCUGAUGUGUCUCUCACGGCUUGAAAAGCCUGAGAUAACUGUCUUGUGUGGGGCUGAGAUGCAGGAUUUCUUCACGCCUCCCUUUUGUGACUUCAAGAGACUCUGGCAUCUCUUUCUGCAAAGGCAUCUGAAUGUGUCUGUGUCCCUGUUAGCAUAAUGUGAGGAGGUGGAGAGACAGUCUACCCCUGUGUCCACCGUGACCCCUGUUCCCACGCUGACCAGUGUUUCCUCCCCAGUCAUCUUUCCUGUUCCAGAGAGGUGGGGCUGGAUGUCUCCAUCUCAGUCUCAACUUUAUGUGCACUAAGCUGCAACUUCUUACUUCCCUACUGAAAAUAAGAAUCUGAAUAUAAAUUUGUUUUCUCAAAUAUCUGCUAUGAGAGGUUGAUGGAUUAAU